GGGGGAGGGGUUGGGGGGGAGGGGGUGAGACAGUUCCCUUGGCCAUGGCUCCUGUCCUGUCUAUAGGCCCAGAGGCCCAGUGUGGAGAUGCUGACAGCCAUGCCAUUCCACACAGCAGCUGGUAAAGCAGAAGACAUUGACCCCACUCUGAGCCACCAUGCUGUGUUUGGAGAGCGCAAGCAUUAGCAAGCCCGUGUGUGCGUGUGUUCAGAUGUACUGCAAGUGCGUGUGCAUACGUGUGUGUGUGUGUCGAUAGACGCACGUGUGUGUGUGUGUGUGUGCAUACAGCUCCAUCUCUAUUGAUCUAUGUGCUUGGCUUCAGUUUGUGGUGAUUUGGGCAUGUCUAAGAUGCCGUGUGCCCAUGUGUCUUCCAUAGAGUGCCACAUCAUUAGUGAGAGUACCCCUCUCAGCGGUGAGUGGCUGAUGGUAUGGGUGGGUGAGAGCUGCCUGGGCCUGGGGCUUUGUCCCAUAACGUCGUCUUUAGCCUAGCUUUCCCCUGAGCUGGAGACUCUGAGCAGCUGUGUCACCUGAGCACUGACUGACUGAUUGGGAAGUCAAGCUGGAUAGAGUCCAUUCAGAGCCAGUUGUCCUUGCUGGGGAGGCAGGCCACAGAGGCCAGAGUAUGCAGCCUGCAUGCCCCAUUCACGCCUGUUAUGUAAACAUGGUGUGUGUGUACGUGCAUGUCUGUGCAUGCAUGUCUGUGUGUGUCUGAGUGUGUGUGGCUGUGUGUGAUUGGUGGCUUAGUCAACCGGUGGAGAAGUGGGGGCCAGGGUGGUGAUGUGUGGCAGUAGUUUCCGGCCUGCUACAGACCUCUCCCUUUGGUGCCAGUCACAACAUUGCUUUAUUAUAGAGGGGCUGUGUGCCCUAUUCCAUGGCUCCCCGGCUCACUGCCACCGAAGCUGCCUGGCUGCUCCCCAUCCCAUCCCCCUCUCCUACGGAGAGAGCACAGGAUGCAGUAAAAUAGUAAUGACACCAGGCAGUGUGCGUUAUGAGAUCUAGGAGCCUGGAGGCGUCAAUUAAUAAUGCAGCAGAAUCAAAGAUAUUGUCAUGACAGUGAGCCGCCUGAGACCCCUACAGAGCUACACACUCUGGAAGUCAGCUGUGUGUUUGUUUGUAUUUGUGUGUCCUCAAAGCUUUGUUUGUGUUCUGUGUCAUUAAGUUUUAAUUAGCCAGCCUAUUGUCACAAUGUCUGCUAGUUCUAGAUCCGCGUGAGCUUGCCGGAGCACCUAGGCCUAAUGAUCAAUUUUGUGAAAGGGUGUCAUGGAUAUAUUGAUUUCCAAUACACUCUCUUCCUCCCUCUCUUUCCUUCUUUUCUUGUAUUAUUUAUUUUGCUCGCACUCAGGUAGCUAUAAAACCUAGAGAUCUCUUCCACUCACCUAUUAGUAACCACCAUAAUACAAUGGUUUCGUGUUUGAUAUUUGUUUAGUGACAGAAAACAUAUUUCCAAUAGGUUUUAUUGCAUAAUGGAUGCUUAGGCAGACACAGCCUGGGUAUUUUGUCUCUUCACAAACACAGUGCUUCUAUCACACUGAUCUAUUCUAGUCUGCCUGAGACAAACCCAGAAUCCCAGAAAUUAUUAUGCCAAAAUGACAGACUAUUUUUAAUUCAUCUGUCUUUUCAAGCUCCACAUAGGCUAAUUUAAUUCAAGGAAUCAUUUUCCCUCCUGCCACACCCUGAUGGAGGCAGGGUCACUUUUAAUAAAUAAUUUGCAUCCCAGCAGUGUACAGCUACAUCCUUUUUUAAAUAAGCCCCUUCCACACACACACACACACACACACACACACACACACACACACACACACACACACACACACACACACACACACACACACACACACACACACACACACACACACACACACACACACACACACACACACACAAACACAAACACACACACACACACAAACACACUGUAAUGUAGAGGAUGUCACAUCAUUUUGCUGACAUCUAUUACAGUUUUUUCCAAUUGCUAACACACUAAAAUGACAUGCACAAUUAUUUAAACUGACACACAGAGAGCAAAACCUCUUCUCAAGUCUCAACACAUUUUCUGCUUUACACACAUUUUUCAAUUCAAAAUGGCACUUUUUAAAUGCACUGCACACGGUUCUCUGCAUAAGACACAACAAUCUGACAUUACAUUUACAUUUUAGUCAUUUAGCAGACGCUCUUAUCCAGAGCGACUUACAGUUAGUGAAUACAUAUUUUUUUUUAUACUUGCCCCCCGUGGGAAUCAAACCCACAACCCUGGCAUUGCAAACGCCAUGCUCUAUCAACUGAGCUACAUCCCUGCCGGCCAUUCCCUCCCCUACCCUGGACGACGCUGGGCCAAUUGUGCGCCGCCCAUGAGUCUCCCGGUCGCGGCCGGCUGCGACAGAGCCUGGAUUCGAACCAGGAUCUCUAGUGGCACAGUUAGCACUGCGAUGCAGUGCCUUAGACCACUGCGCCACUCAGGAGUACAUUAGACAUAAAGUCACAUGUUUGCCAUUUCAUAACACUGCCAUUCAAAAUGACACUACAUGAGCUAAUUGGCCAGUACAUGUGCCACCUGGCCAAACACCUCAAUGAUUAAUUGUUACCACUUCAAUCAGGAAGUAAGCACUAUGAAAAGACCACAGGUGAGCACCUUUUGUUUUACAACAACAAUGGAAGACGUUGCAGAGAGAGGAAGAGGAAGAGGAAGAGGGAGGGUGAGAAUGAGAGGGGGAGGAAGAGUGAGAGGUAGGGGUAGAUCUGGUAGAGGAGUACUUGGCCAAAGAAGACAACAACUUUCAAAUGAAAUCAGAGCAACCUUAGUUGAUCAUGUCAUCAACCAUGGGCUGACAAUGCGAGAGGCUGGACAGAGAGUACAGCCCAACUUGAGCCAUUUUACUGUCGCCUGUGUCGUCCGGACAUUUAGACUGGAGUACAGGUAUGUAACCAAAAACGUAUUUCACACUAUGUAGAAUACCCCAUGUCAUAGUGUAUCAGUUGGGUGACACCUGUUUACUUCAUGAAUGGCUGAUGUCAUACACUAACUGCACAAGUUUCCUGUACAAUUUACUCUACUGUGGGGGAAAUAUCUUUAGGCUGCAUUGUCCAAGCCCUAUAUUUUCGUUUUUUUGUUUUUCUAAAGGACUGAGAGACGCAACCAUGGUGGAGGAAGGGGCAAAAUGUUCACCGGGUUACAGGAAGCUGCCAUUGUAAACUUGGUUUAGGAAAAUAAGGAAAUCAGAUUCCGAGAAAUUCAAAGCCACAUCAUCCAAGAUAACACCAUAUUCAACAACAUUCAAUGAGUCAGUCUCUGUCACGAUCGUCGUAGAGAGUAGACCAAUGCGCAGCGUUAGUUGCGAACAUACUUAACUUUAUUAUCUUAAGUGAUAAUAUAACAACAAAACAAUAAACGAAACGUGCAGUCCUACGGUUAACACAGAAACAACCAAACGGAAACAAGAUCCCACAAACACUAAGGGAAACAGACUGUUUAAAUAUGGCUCCCAAUCAGAGACAACCAGCAACAGCUGACACUCGUUGCCUCUGAUUGGGAGCCACUCUGGCCCACAUAGAAAAUCAACAACUAGAACUCCCACACAGAACAUAAACACAUAGAAUCUACACACCCUGGCUCAACAUAUAGAGUCCCCAGAGCCAGGGUGUGACAGUACCCCCCCCCCCAAAGGCGCGGACUGCGACCGCGCCUCAACAAAACCCAAACAGGGGAGGGCUGGGUGGGCAUUCCUCCUCGGAGGCGGUUCCGGCUCCGGGCUUGACCACCACCCUUCAAUAAUCCCCCCGUAGCGCCCCUGGUCCGGUCUGGUCCCGCAGGCUGGAGCUGGACUGGACAUCGAAGGAGCGGAUUGCUUAAGCUCCAUUGUGGAGCAGCUGACCGGUACCUGAUCAGGCACCGGUGACCCAGGCACGGGUUGUGCCGGACUGACGAUGCGCACCCCUGGCUUGGUGCGUGGAGCAGGAACGGACCGGACCGGGCUGACGAUGCGCACCCCUGGCUUGGUGCGUGGAGCAGGAACGGACCGGACCGGGCUGACGAUGCGCACCCCUGGCUUGGUGCGUGGAGCAGGAACGGACCGGACCGGGCUGACGAUGCGCACCCCUGGCUUGGUGCGUGGAGCAGGAACGGGCUGGACCGGGCUGACGACUCGCACCCCUGGCUUGGUGCGAGUGGCAGGAACAGGCCGGGCCGGGCUGGCGACGCGCACCGUAGCUUUGGUGCGAGUGGCAGGAACAGGCCGGGCCGGGCUGGCGACGCGCACCGUAGCUUUGGUGCGAGUGGCAGGAACAGGCCGGGCCGGGCUGGCGACGCGCACCGUAGGCUUGGUGCGAGUGGCAGGAACAGGCCGGCCGGGCUGGCGACGCGCACCGUAGACUUGGUGCGAGUGGCAGGAACAGGCCGGGCCGGGCUGGCGACGCGCACCGUAGGCUUGGUGCGAGGGGCAGGAACAAGCCGGGCCGGGCUGGCGACGCGCACCGUAGGCUUGGUGCGAGUGGCAGGAACAGGCCGGGCCGGGCUGGCGACGCGCACCUUAGGCUUGGUGCGAGUGGCAGGAACAGGCCGGGCCGGGCCGGCGACGCGCACCGUAGGUUUGGUGCGAGGAGCAGGAACAGGCCGGGCCGGGCUGGCGACGCGCACCGUAGGCUUGGUGCGUGGAGCAGGAACAGGCCGGGCUGGACUGGCGACGCGCACCGUAGGCUUGGUGCGAGGGGCAGGAACAGGCCGGGCCGGGCUGGCGACGCACACCGUAGGCUUGGUGCGGGGAGCAGGAACAGGCCGGGCUGGCGACGCGCACCGUAGGCUUGGUGCGAGGAGCAGGAACAGGCCGGGCCGGGCUGGCGACGCGCACCAUCCACUUAGUGCGGGGAGCAGGAACGGGCCGGACCGGACUGGUGACGCACACCACUUGCUUGGUGUGAGGAGCGGGACUGGGUUUCGUCAUAACCCUCCGCUCCCUCAGCUGCCUACCGAGUUCCUCUCGCCGUGCCUCAAUUCUCACCUUCUCCCUUAUCGCCUCCAAUAGCUCCACCCUCUGCACCACUAACUCCUGCUCCCUCUGCGCCAAUAGCCCCCUUAACCUGGUGGCCUCCUCACCUAACCUCCUACUACGCCCUGUAGCUGCCUCCUGCUGCCCUGUCGCCCAUGCCGUAUGCCCCCCCCCCAAAACAUUUUUGGGGUUGCCUCUCGUCCGUCCGACGACGACACUGUUGACACCGUUGCUCCUAUCUCCGUCGCGCCUCUACCGUCUCACUCCAUGGACGGCAGUCCAUCCCGGGCCUGGAUUUCCUCCCAGGUCCAGGACCCCUGCCCGUCCAAUAUUUGCUCCCACGUCCAGGCUGCCUGCUCCUGGACACGCUGCUUGGUCCUGGUAUGGUGGGAUCUUCUGUCACGAUCGUCGUAGAGAGUAGACCAAUGCGCAGCGUUAGUUGCGAACAUACUUAACUUUAUUAUCUUAAGUGAUAAUAUAACAACAAAACAAUAAACGAAACGUGCAGUCCUACGGUUAACACAGAAACAACCAAACUGAAACAAGAUCCCACAAAAACUAAGGGAAACAGACUGUUUAAAUAUGGCUCCCAAUCAGAGACAACCAGCAACAGCUGACACUCGUUGCCUCUGAUUGGGAGCCACUCUGGCCCACAUAGAAAAUCAACAACUAGAACUCCCACACAGAACAUAAACACAUAGAAUCUACACACCCUGGCUCAACAUAUAGAGUCCCCAGAGCCAGGGUGUGACAGUCUGUCCACAUUGGCUCGCAUUCUCAAGCGAAACCAAAUCAGAAUGAAACAACUUUAUAAGGUGCCGUUUGAGAGAAACUCUCAAAUAAAUAAAGAGGUCAGACGAGCAUAUGUGGAUGUAAGUACAAUAUUGACUGCAGUACACUACACGCAACAUUGUUUCCCAGUGUACUGGAUAACACCAUAUUGACUGCUUUUGUUCUUUGUUUUCAGGGAGUACUGGAAAUGGAUGCUCAUGCAAUCCCACAUGAGUUCAUCUUUAUAGAUGAGGCUGGGUUCAACCUAGCAAAGACCAGAAGAAGGGGGAGAAACAUCAUUGGCCACAGAGCCAUUAUAGAUGUUCCUGGCCAACGUGGUGGGAACAUCACAAUGUGCACUGCCAUCUCCAAUACGCAUGGUGUCCUCCACCGUCAUGCCAACCUUGGACCAUACAACACAGCCCAUAUUCUCAAAUUUCUGGACAGACUCCACAACAUUCUCAUACCACCAGAGCAUAUGAAUGAUGCAGACCAUCAAAGAACCCAGUACGUUGUAGUAUGGGACAACGUGAGCUUUCAUCGUGCAGCCCCAGUCCAAAACUGGUUUGCUGACCACCCACCAUUUCUCGUGCAAUACCUCCCACCAUACUCACCAUUUCUGAACCCCAUAGAAGAGUUCUUUUCGGCAUGGCGGUGGAAGGUAUACGACCGGCAGCCCUUUGUGCGCAUGCCUCUUGUGCAGGCUAUGGAAGAGGCAUGUGAUGAGAUUGAUGUGGGUGCGAUUCAGGGAUGGAUAAGGCACUCAAGGCGCUUCUUCCCUCGAUGUCUGGCAAGGGAAGAUAUUGCCUGUGAUGUGGACGAGGCGUUGUGGCCAGACCCAGCUGUGCGGCAAGAUGCUGCCUAAUUAUUUUUCUUGCCUCUUUUUUUUCUAUAUAUUUUUUCUGCACAUUUUUUCUGCAAUUUUCUUUUUCAGUUUACUGUUUUUUGUGAGCAUAUUUUUGUUCAGUCCAAUGUAAAUAUAUCUGCUGUGCAUAUGUUGCACUGACUUGUUUGGUGAAAAAUUAAAAUUAAAAUGUUUCAACAGCAUGUGUGUGUAUCUGCAAAUAUUUCUGUGCAUGUGAACAAUCUGAAGAAUUUUCUACAAUUUGAACUAUUUUAGUAUUAUGGCAAAGCAUACUAAAGAGGAGAGUGCUUUUCAUCAUGCCCAACAGUGUGUAUGUAGUUGGUUUGACACAAAUCUGGUAAUAUGAAUGAAGUGAUUGUAAGUCGCUCUGGAUAAGAGCGUCUGCUAAAUGACAAAAAAAAAGAAGAAAAAAAAAGAAAGAAGUGUGUGCCAUUUCAUGCAAACGUUUGAUUUUGAUAAUGCUAUAUGUAGUUUUGGUUGCAGUGCUUCAUUUUGCAGGAUAUAUGAGGUCUUUUCCAGUUUGGGUGUGUGGUUUUGUGAAUUGUGUUAAGUAUUUUGAAAAAAACAGCCUAGUUUGCAAAAUUGUGUUUUAGCAAUUGGGAAAAACUGUAAUGACAUAAUGUAGCAACAGGCAAAUUGAAGUGUGUGUGUGUGCGUGUGUGCGUGUGUGUGAUGGGGAGGCCAUGCGUAGCUAGUGUGUGUUGGCUGUGAGUGCUCCUCAGAUGACCUGAAAUUGCCUGGCUGAUUGAACAAGCAUGUCCAAUUGCACUUUUUCCUCCUCCCUGGUGUAUGAUGUGUGUCCUGCUGCGUGUGCAUCCACAAAAACAACAUCUCAACACAGUUCCCAGUACAGUGAAUCAUUCAUGUUUCAGCUGUCUGCAUCCUCAGGUAUCUUACAUAACUGGGAUGGGGCUAUAGUAGCAUGCAUGCAGCCCAUGCAGCCAUGCACAUUGAUGUCUAUAGGCCUAUACUACCCCCACUAUCCAAAGGUGGGAAUAAAACAUUCUGUAUAAGGUUAUCUGUAUAAGCUUAAUAGUGUGAUUUUGUCAUCCAGUUAAAUGGACAAAUUGAAAAAUUACUACACUUAGUCAUAAUUCACCUUGACUUAUAAUUAUGUAUGUCUUGGGUGUGUGUGAUCAUGCCUGUGUUGGUCUGUUUCAGAGUGCACUCCAGAGCUCCCCCUGGGGGCUGAUGCUGGCACUGGAACAGCAGGUGGGCGAGCUGAGAGUGGACACAGAUUAUGUCACCUAUGAGGGGACCCAAGGGGACACGGGGGACAGUCGGCCCAGCUCAGGUACUCCUCAUGCUACCACCUUUCAAUUCUCUGACCUCUGAACUUUAACCCCUGAACCACAUCAGAGGGGCAUGGGGUACUUAUAUUUUUCUUAAUGCAGACACUGUAAUGUAACUUCUUUUUUUGUGUGUUUGACCCAUGUUCUGUAUAUUUUCUGUAUACUCUUUUUACAUAAAUUGUGGCCCUAUAUUUCACUGAAGUACAUAUAUAAUGACUAACAUUUCAUUAAUUUUGACAAAUGUUGUUUUCAUGCCCUUCUUGCUACUGUUAGUGGUUCUGUGGUUUGUGAAAGAGCCAAAACGUUGGAAAUGAGUUUUGUCAGCAUAUGGUUUGAGAAAGCCUGAUAGAGAUCUAAUGAGUGACAUCAUCUGUGUUUCCCAGGGUUCUAUGAGUCGAGUGAGGGCCAGUCUCCAAAGGGGCAUUCCUGUCGCUCUGACUUCCCAGAGCCCCCCACUGGCUGGGGCUUCAGCAGCACCGAGAGGCCCAAGUCUCUGGGUGAGUUCAGCUCCACUCUCACUAUCAACAGCUCUCUUUCAACCACAAUAGGGUUCAUGGUAUCGUAGAAACAAUACCAUGGACUGUCUUUACUUUAUUACAUCAUUAUUAUAGCUGCAUUAAGUACUGGUAUCAGUAGUAAAAGAAACAUGUCAAUUUAUCAAUUGACUUCUCUCUGUGCUCUCUGUCUACAGGAUAUGCCCUCCAGCUGACAGGUGAGAGUCUGAUGGAGCCAGCCCCUCGUGCCACUGUUCCCCUCUCCUUCUCCGCCCCCUACCCACCCCUGGAGGGCAUCGCUGAGGAGGGUAUGGCCGAGGAGCCCUGGCAGUGGGACCCACACUGUGCCCAGGGUUGGGAGGACCAGGAUCAGGCCACUGAGGAGGACUUCCAGCAGGCCCUGAGGGUAGAAGGCUACAUCCUGGGUCUCAUCCAUCGCUAUGCGCUCUCAGCCCGGCCCUGCAUGCCUUGUGCCAGCCUGGAGCCUGACCCCUCCACCUCCUCCUCCUCCAGCGUCAACAGGCAGAGCAGUCUGCGAAGGAAACCCCCUUUUCACACCCCAGAGCACUGCAUCCCUGACCCACAGGACCUCUACCCUGACCCUGAGUGCCAGGCCUGGUGGUGUGACCCUCUAGACAGGGAGGAAUGGGGGGGAGAGGCCCCAUCCAUGGAGGAGGACUGUUAUCGGUCUUUACCCUACCCCCACUCCAGACCCCACUCCCUGGCCGGGGGCCAUCCACCCUCCCUGGACCCCCCUUGUGGAGAUCUGGAUCCUUGUUUUAGUAGUGAGUCUGAUUCCCUCAGGCACUACCCGCUGCCCCACUUCCCGGCUUCAUAUAACCACCUGGUCAGUUCCCAGUACAUCCCUGGGCAGCCCUGCCACACCCCUGUACGCUCCCCCUCACACUUUCCUCCAGAACGAUCCCCCCCACACUAUCUUCCAGAGCCCUCCAAGCCCAGCCGAACCUUUGUGUGCCCAGACCAAAGCAGCUCAAAGCUCAGGGCCACGGGGAAGAAGAGCCAUGAGGAGAGACAGAGUUCCAAGAAGCCUGGCCACAAGACCUGCCGCUCCCAGUCUGAGAACAGUCUGAUGGGGCAGAGGGCUCUCCCUAAUCACAGGUACAGCACAGCCGAGCGCCCCCAGCACCAGAGGGGCCAGGUCCCUCACGCAGGCCCCCAGCACAGUAACACCGCUGGGGGGCGACGCUGGUGCUCCACACUGGAGCUCAGCCAGGAGAAAGGGGAGAUCCAGAGUGAGCAGGCCCGCAGACGCCCACCUCGUAGAGCCCGCCACACCCAGGCCUGCUCUCAUCCCAACCCCAACCAACACUUCCAGGUCCAUGCCCAGCCUCGUCUCUCAGAAUACCCAGAGAGAGCACCUCUUUGUCGGGGAGAGGAGGGCUAUGUGCGGACCGCCCCUGGGGAGUCAGAAUCCAGCAUGAGUGAGGUGUACUCCCCUGCCUCCAGCUCUCUCUCCAGUGACUCCGAUGAGGGGGGGCUGGUGUGGCCCCAGCAGCUGCCCCCUCGCCUGGCCCCCUCCGCUUCCUCCUCUUCCUCCUCUCCUAAGGCCUCGUCAGAGGCCUCCGCGCAGCCCAAGGCCUUUGUCAAAAUCAAAGCAUCUCACGCCCUGAAGAAGAAGAUUCUGCGAUUCCAUGCCGGCUCUCUCAAAGUCAUGACCACAGUCUGA